AGACAACGACACAAACUUCCGUUAGCAUAUUCAAAAACAUCUUGAAGGAGUUAGAAAGAGUAAAGUAGCUGGAAAUAAUGGCUUUUUUCGGUGUUAAUCACUUAGGAUAUCAAGAUCACAUCCAAGAGCAUGUACGACUUCCGGAUGUACAUAGUCCCCAGUAUGUAUUUAGAUCGGGAAAGUAUAGAGACCCUGAAUAUAAAAUGCCGCCCAUUGUCGAUCGAAACGAACUACCUCAACCUUCUUUGAUUCCUCGAAAUCAAACAUCUGGAUACGGUGCAGGACCAAUGGGAAGUUAUAAAGAAUUAAUGAGACUACGACAUAAACAUGUCCGAGUGCCGCAAGAACCAAUUGAUGUCUAUCGUCGACCAUGCGUUAAUUCCCAUUGGACAGCUGAAUUUAGAAAGGAUGAACCUUUACAAGAAAGAGAAGCUUGGACAAAAACGGCCAGAUUUGUCCAUAAAAACAGUGAAAUGACAAAAUUUGUGGAUGAAAUGGCAAUGACAAACAGAUUAUUUAGUAUGUUCUAA